AUGGCAGCACUUGGUGCAAUUUUGAUUGUGUUAGGCUUGUUUUUAUGUUCAAUGGGGUUCCGCAUGGCCAAGGUUAUGUUUGCUGUCAUGGGAUUACUGACACUCGGGUCUAUGACUUGGAUUGCAUUAGCAAAUCUCAGACCAGAGGCGGGUUACAGCCGAGAUUCCAUCACUAUGAUCUGCGUUCCCGUGGGUGUUGGUGUGGUUGGGGCCAUUGCUUACUAUCUACUCUGGACCAUUGCUAUGUAUCUUACUGCAGCUUUUGGUGGAUUCAUUUUUGCCGUUUACAUUGUAAGCUGGAGAAGCGAUUUGUUGAUUAUCAAUUUGAUUGGGCGAUCUUGUUUCCUGGGUGGCAUGGGAUUGGCGUUUGCCAUUUUGGUGUACUUUGCACAUCGUCCCAUCAUGCUGUUUGUAACCUCUUUUGUGGGAUCCUACAUCAUUUUCUUUGGUAUUGAUUGCUUGGCUAGAGUGGGGUUCAUUGCAGGCCCACAAAAGCUGCUCAACAGCAAUCCUCGCCAUCUCGUCGAGUAUGAAGUGAGCAAAUUUGUGUACGUUUUGCUGGCAAUGAUCAUUGUCAUGUUCCUGUUUUCGUUCGUUUGGCAGUUUAUUUUCAAUGCAGCUAUCGAAUUUGGUCUUCAUGUUGCUGCUGCAGUCAAGGGAAAGAAGGCACACGAAGAGUUCCAUGAAGAGCACGAAAGCCAUCAUCAUAAAGAAGUACACGAAGAGCCUGCCAGUGGUGGUGGUGGUGGUGGUGGUGGAGAAGGACACUCAAACUCAUGA